CGACGAUACGAGACGACACGAGAGUAGUGGCUCUCUGGUGCCCCGACGAUUACCGGGCGACCGACCCAAAAAUCUUCAAAAUUUCACCUGUGGGAGGCACGCACCAUCCGUGACCUUAGAUGAGUCUGGCGCGUGCAGGUUAUGAGGCCCCUCAUCUUAUGCCGUCCCCAGCUAGAGGUUGCCACGGCAACGACCCAGCAUCCCGCUCGGGGUCAUCGUAGAGGCUUUCGGACAAACAAAUGACAGCACAGUUCAGAGCUGCAAAAACUCCUUUUAGUCUAGUCGGAUUCAGCGAGGAGUCACAGGAACCCAAGUCAGACUUCAUCUGCUGAUCAGAGUAAGACUUUUUCUCAUCGUUACUCAAAAAUGGACAUCUUGUACCAACUCAGUUUGGCCGUGAUGCUAUGGCGACUGGCGUCUCUGGCGACGGCGGGCCAGACCAACGAGCGGCGCGUCGUGGCCCACAUCCCCGGUGACAUCAUCAUCGGAGCCCUCUUCUCCGUGCACCACCAACCACCGGCCGACAAGGUGCACGAGCGUAAAUGCGGGGCCGUCCGGGAGCAAUACGGCAUCCAGCGAGUCGAGGCAAUGAUGCACACGCUGGACCGAAUCAACGCAGACCCAAAAAUCCUCCCCAACGUCACGCUAGGCUGCGAGAUCCGAGACUCCUGCUGGCAUUCGGCUGUCGCCCUGGAGCAAAGCAUCGAGUUCAUACGGGACUCGCUCGUCGCCGCCGACGACGCCGAUGAGGCUGGGGGCGGGACCAGGUGCGCUGACACGGGAGCCACGCCUAUGAAAGGGAAGAAGCCGAUUGUGGGGUUAAUCGGUCCGGGUUCGAGUUCUGUGGCCAUUCAAGUGCAGAAUUUGCUGCAGCUGUUUAACAUUCCACAGAUCGCGUACUCCGCCACCAGCAUGGACCUCAGUGAUAAAUCACUUUAUAAAUACUUCAUGAGGGUCGUGCCUUCAGACGCCCAGCAGGCUAGAGCGAUGGUGGACAUAGUGAAGAGAUACAACUGGACUUACGUUUCCGCCAUCCAUACUGAGGGUAACUAUGGUGAGAGUGGGAUGGAGGCGUUUAAGGAGAUGUCAGCGAAAGAAGGGAUUUGUAUUGCUCACUCAGAUAAAAUCUGGAGUAACGCCGGCGAGCAAAACUUUGACCGUCUUCUGGUGAAACUGCGCAAAUAUUUGCCCAAAGCUCGUGUGGUGGCCUGUUUCUGUGAGGGGAUGACCGUACGUAACAUCCUCAUGGCCAUGAGACGGCAAAGCCUCGUCGGAGAGUUUCUAUUGGUUGGCAGCGACGGGUGGGCGGACCGUUAUGAUGUCACUGACGGGUACGUGCGAGAGGCCGCCGGCGGGAUAACAAUAAAGCUGCAGUCAGCGGAUGUGAAGUGGUUCGACGAUUAUUACCUGAAGCUACGACCCGACAACAAUCCACGAAAUCCGUGGUUCCCUGAGUUCUGGCAGCAUCGCUUUCAAUGCAAACUGAAAGGACAUCCGCAGGAGAACCUCAAAUAUAAUCGAACCUGCAGCAAGCGAGAUUCUCUACGGCAGCAGUACGCUCAGGACACCAAGAUGGGUUUCGUGAUAAAUGCGAUAUACAGUAUGGCUCAUGGGCUUCAUAAUAUGCAGAAAUCUUUGUGUCCCGGUACGGUGGGGUUGUGUGAUGCAAUGAGACCCAUCGACGGUGCCAAACUACUUGAUUUCCUCAUGAAGACCAACUUCACCGGAGUGACCGGGGAAAACAUUUAUUUUGACGAGAACGGAGAUUCACCUGGAAGCUAUGUGAUCAAGAAUUUUAAGAAGAUGGGGAAAGAUUAUUACGACUACAACAACGUAGGCAGCUGGGACAGCAGUGGACUGCAGAUCGAUGAUGAUGAGAUCUGGCCCAACAAAGAUGACAUCAUCAAAUCUGUGUGUAGUGAACCCUGUGAUAAAGGUCAAAUCAAGGUGAUUCGUAAAGGUGAGGUGAGCUGCUGUUGGACUUGUACUCCCUGUAAAGACAACGAGUUUGUUUUUGAUGAGUACACCUGUCGAGCGUGUGAGCUGGGAUCUUGGCCCACCGAUGACCUCACAGGGUGUGACCCAAUCCCAGUGAAGUAUUUGAGGUGGGGAGACCCCGAGCCCAUCGCCGCCGUAGUCUUCGCCUGUUUGGGCCUGAUGGCCACGUUUUUCGUCACCUCCAUCUUUAUCAUCUACCGCGACACCCCGGUGGUGAAAUCGUCCAGUCGUGAGCUCUGCUACAUCAUCCUGGCGGGAAUCUGUCUGGGAUAUCUCUGCACAUUCUGUCUUAUCACCAAACCUCAGGUGAUUUACUGCUACCUGCAGCGUCUCGGCAUCGGCCUGUCUCCCGCCAUGAGCUACUCCGCCCUCGUCACCAAAACCAAUCGCAUCGCUCGGAUUCUUGCCGGCAGCAAGAAGAAAAUAUGCACCAAGAAACCUCGUUUCAUGAGCGCAUGCGCCCAGCUGGUCAUCGCCUUCCUCCUGAUCCUUCUGCAGCUGGGCAUCAUCGUGGCGCUCUUCGUAAUGGAGCCUCCCGACGUCAUCCACGACUACCCGUCUAUCCGAGAGGUCAACCUGAUCUGUAACACCACUAACCUGGGUGUGGUGGCGCCGCUGGGGUACAACGGUCUGCUUAUCAUGAGCUGCACCUUUUACGCGUUCAAGACGCGCAACGUUCCGGCGAAUUUCAAUGAGGCGAAGUACAUCGCCUUUACCAUGUACACCACUUGCAUCAUCUGGCUGGCGUUCGUGCCCAUUUACUUCGGUUCCAACUACAAGACCAUCACGAUGUGCUUCUCUGUCAGUCUGAGCGCCACCGUCGCUCUGGGCUGCAUGUUUGUGCCAAAGGUUUACAUCAUCCUCGCUAAACCAGAGAGAAACGUACGAAGCGCCUUCACGACAUCGACGGUGGUGCGCAUGCAUGUCGGGGAUGGAAAAUCGUCAUCCGCAGCCAGCCGCUCCAGCAGCCUGGUCAACCUCUGGAAAAGACGAGGCUCAUCCGGAGAGACGCUCAGCUCUAAUGGAAAGUCGGUGACUUGGGCUCAGAAUGAGCGCAGUUCCAAGGGCAGCCACCUGUGGCAGCGUCUCUCCUUCCACAUCAAGAAACGCGAGAGCAACCAGACCGCCGUCAUCAAACCAUUCUCCAAGACCUCAGAAGGGCGAUAUUGCGGUGGGACGGACAUUAACACCGAAAACAUUAACAACAAAAUGCUCUAUGAGGUCAGAGAGACGGAGGAGCGCUAUCCAAUCGGGUACCCCCCUCAGACGCCAUCGCCCAUCAGCACUGUGACCCAGAGAGCCAGCAUGACUUUAGCGCAGAGCGCAGCGGGCGACGCGCAGGUCAUGAGCGUCUCCACAUACAUGUGUCAACCUUCGCACCGCGGUAACGUAACCCGCGGAAGUGCAUCGCAGGGUUCGCUGAUGGAGCAGAUCAGCUGCGUGGUUAACCGGUUCACCGCCAACAUCAGUGAGCUCAAUAGCAUGAUGCUCACAAAUUCUCCACCGGGGAGCACUGCGGGUCUACCCACCAGCGCUUCCGCGCACGCACACUCCGCCGCGCUGGAUCCCUGUUGUCCUCCGGCGUACCGACUCUCACGAGAAAUUUCCAUGCCGACCACCAUGACCACAUAUGCAGAGGUCCAGCCCCUCCCACCAGUGGAGUCUAACGUAAGCCGUCCUGUCCCGCCCUGCCCCUCAUUGCGGAUCAAAUCCUCGCCUACGUCCAGCGGGAAGGAGCUCACAGUGGCCGCGGCAUCGGGGCGGCCCGAGUCUCCAUCUAUUCAGCCGGAGCUUGACGAACUGCUGCCGCUUACCCCGCCCUCCCCCUUCAGGGACUCAACCGGCUCUGGCAGCGGUUCGGAUGUCGAAACUGUCCCUACACCUAAAUACGAGUGCCUAGUGCUCCGACACUACAGCCAGAGUUCCUCUUCAUUAUAGGACCGACAAGAGUCCUAUAUAAGAACAAGUCUGCCGUAAUAAACGUAGACAAACAGGAGUCAGCGCUUCGAUGUGUGUGUGUUUACAUGUUCUCACUUUUGGACCGAAGGCGAAACCUUACGGAGAAAAAUCUCCAACAUCAGACCUGCAGUAGAAUCACAAAAGUGUAUAAUCGUUCGUAGUUUGGAGUCCUGUUGGUCUGUAUUGUAGUGGCCUUAAACAAACAUGGCUUUCAUCUAAUUAGUGCUGUUUCGACAAGGACGUGGACGUGUUGGUGCGUCCCCGAAGGUGGACGAGCUCGUGUGAAAAUCCACCUGUGUCGCAGGGACGUUCCCAGUGUACAAGCAAACAGUAAAUUAUAAAGGGCUGGAUAAAGACUAGAAAAGGGAAAAGCUUGUAUAAUUACAUGUUGAAUAAUCGCACACGCACACUGUUGAAAGAGUCUGAGGUGAUGUCCCUGGAGAUUUCUGUAUCUUUAAUCAAAGUGCUCUGUUUGAUGUGUCAGUACAAACAGACGCUGGUUUGAGAGAUUCUGACAGCGACGUUGUUUUCAGUCUUAACCUUUUUCCCGUCUGUCUGUCUUUACUGGGGAUCAAACUGAUGGAUGAAUCUCACAGAAACAGGUAAUGAUGUCUCCUUUUUACCCCAACAUCAAAAUAUUUUUUUGCACUGCACAAUGAUAACCAUUAUUAAAUGAAUGCAAAAAUACUCCUGUAUAGCUCAAUGGGAGCAUGGCAUUAGCAGUGCAAAAGUAAUCGGUUCGAACCCAAAGAAAACACAUGCUCAUAAAAAAUGUAUAACUUGUAAUGCACUGCAAGUCAAUCGGAUAAAACCAUCUGCCAAUUCAAAAAUGUAAAAUUUAGGGGCGGUUCUAGGAUUCCGUUCUUAGUGUGUGUUCACACCGCCACCGGCGAGAGCGUCAAAAAAAAAACUGGCUGCCCUGUCAAUGACGCUAUAGAAAAAGCAUAGUGGAUGCUCUGACACUCGAAUACAUUAUCUGGAAUCCUCUCAGGUGGAGGUUUACGCCUUCUGAUUGGUUGCCGCCGAAUGUUUCCAACUUCUGAUUGGUUGCCGCUGAACUGCGUCAUAGCUCAUUACCAUAAAGUUGAGCUGAUUUCAACUUUCCUCGACAGUCACACCGUACAUGACGCCCCACGCCGAUGGUUCUCACUGAAAAUUAAUGACUUCAGGCCACUUUGACGCUCUCGCCGUAUAAAUGCACAGUUAGGGGGGUUUAGCCCUCAGUGAUGAUGUGAAGAGAGCAUUGUGAUGCCAUUUUAUAAAUUGGGAGCAGUAUUAUUAUGUUAAUAAAGUCAUAUAGGCUACAUAUAUUACUGCUCCAUACAGUUUCAAGCCCUUAUGAUUUUUGAUUUAUCUUAAUAACGUAAGUAAUGGUAAGAAAAACUCUUACUGUGCGUUCACACCACACGUGAAUGAAACAAAUAAAUUGCGGCAUUCGGGCGUAGUUGGACGCUUGAACAAUUUGAGUUAACUCGCUUUAUUCAAGUGUAAAAUUUGGGCCAUUUGUGUGUGAAAUUAAGACUUGUAGUCUCAAUAUAUAUUAGCUCAAAUUGAGUAAAGAGCAUUUUUUACAACUUAACAGAUUGUAACUCACUUCUUCCAAACAAGAAGUUUCUAUAAAAACAAGUGUUUCUAUAAAAAUACGAAGAUGUGUCGUACAGCUCCGGGUGUCCACAUACAGCGGCAAUGAUUGUGUCCUUCAUUGCUAUUUUGUAUUUCUGCCUCUGAGCGCUACAUCAUAAUCAUGUCACUACUAGAGCAAGUUUCUGAUUGGUUUACGCGGUGCGAAUAUCUGCCAAAGUUUACACUUUUCAACUUACGCGAUUCACACCUCGUAAACUUGUUAUUUUUUCUCAUCGAAAUGUCCUGCAUUUUGCGUUAUUUUCAUUAUUAUUUUUGAAACGAUAAUUUUUACAAAUAAAUAAAACUGAAAAAUAUAUUAGAUAGUUUAAGAUAAUUAUUUUAUUUUACAAUUUGGCUAAACAUUAUUUAUGGUGGCUAAGAAGACAGCAGGGUUUCCCGCAGCACUUUUCAGUUCGGGCGGCCCGCCUAAGCCGGGGAAACCCUACCGCCUUAACUAGGUCGUUAAAAAAAAAAUCGUUGCAAAAAAGGCAGUCAAGUGCAUCUCGGAGAAUAGCGCGGACGCUCUUCAGCACGCGCG